AAUAUAAAGGACGCGCUGUGAAGACAGUGGUCAGAGAGUUAGCACCCGUUCAACAUGAAGGUGUCUCUGUUAGUAGCUGCGUUGUUCCCUCUUGUCUUGUCUGGGCCAGCCUUUCAAGGUCAGUCCGAACAAGAUGAUGGAGCAGACAUGAAAUAUUUCUUGUACGAGUCCAGUCCGGGAGUCUACAAAGUGGAAGACCUGGUUAACGCCGAAAUAGACACCAUGGUAUCACAAAGCGACGUCUACUACCAUUUCUUCAGCCGCAGUAAUCCCAACGGAGUUGAUAUCCGGAAUACGAACAUCGACGCUCUCAGAAAUACCGGUUUCUCCGUACAAAGAGACACCAUGUUCAUCGUACAUGGCUGGAAUGGUGAUAACGAUGCAUCACUGAACCGCCACGUCAGGCAAGCCAUUUUGUCCAAGGAGAACAUUAACGUCUUCGUCGUGGACUGGGGUCCGAUAGCAAAUAGGAACUACGUCUCUGCCAAGAACUCAGUGGUAGGAGUAGGAAGGGUCGUGGCAAGCUUCGUCCAAGCAUUGCAGAGCAGGUUCUCGUUGCGCUUGUCCACAGUGUCCUUUGUUGGCUUUUCUCUUGGUGCCCACAUCUCUGGAGCGGCUGGUGCUGCCCUGAACGGAGAAGUCGAUCACAUCGUUGGACUGGACCCUGCUGGUCCUCUAUUCUCUGUCAGAAACACUAACGAGCGCUUGGACCCAACCGACGGUAGAUUCGUCCAGGUUAUCCACACCAAUGGAGGCCUUCUCGGCUUCGGGAGUCCUUCUGGUCACUCCGACUACUACCCCAACGGGGGGUCUUCUCAGCCUGGGUGCGGUUUGGAUAUUGUCGGUAGCUGUGCUCAUUCCAGAGCUUAUUUAUUUUAUACCGAAAGCAUCUUGGCCAACACUAACCGCUUCGUGUCGACGCGAUGUUCUAGUCAGAGGGACUACACCAGGGGCAAUUGCAAUGGCAACGCCAGAUCCGUUUUGGGAGGUUAUACAGUAGAUAAAAGGGCUAAUGGAGACUUUUAUUUGGUUACGAACAACCAAUCUCCAUUCGCCAGAGGUUGAAAUCCAAUGAAAUCUAAUCUAUAACUUUACUUAUGAAUAGUUAUGCUUAAUAUAUUAUUAAGAGUACCUACUAAACAUGUGAUUAUAAAUAUAUUUUUUAAAUUUAAAA